AUGUUAAAAUCAGCAGCUUCUCGUUUGGUGUUGCUAGGAUCUCCAGUAGCUGUUGAAAGCAGUGGACGUCGAGGAAAGUCAACAACUUCAUUGCCUGUCUCAGUUGCUUCAUUUCGAUUACGUGCAGUUUGCCCUCACAAACAACAUAAUUUAAAUAAUAAUUUGUUUUCUUCAAUUAAUUAUUGUUCUAUUCCCAUAUCUGGGCAAAAUAAACAAAAUUUAUUGAAGGAAGAAAGUUCACAAAAUAAAAAUGAAGAACAGCAACAAUGGAUGGUUAAUGUUACAAAAUGUGGAAUACCUAAAGAAUUUCAGGGUUCACAAUCUGAAGCACUACAACAACAAAAGCAAUGUGAACGCGAUGUUUAUGGAGAUGAUGCUUGUUUUAUUGCUAGCCAUGAAAAUACUUAUGUAUUGCCGAUGGUGUUGGGGGUUGGCGAAGGCACGGUGUUGAUCCUUCCCAGUUUGCUGCUCAAUUAAUGUCAAAUUGUGCUGGAAUUGUAGAAUCUGGGGAUUUUGAGUGUGCACGUCCAGAUUUAAUAAUUGAAUGUGCUUAUAAUAAAUUAAAAAUGUUAAAUAAUCAGAGGCCGAUUGGUUCUUCAACUGCUUGUGUUUUAGCAAUUACUA